CUGUUCGCUACUCCAAGCGCCAGGAGCAGGCAUAGCCAUGCUUCAUCAAGCGCCGCAUCUCAACCGACCUGGAGAUCUCCCGUGUCCGGUGCACUGAAUAGCCGGCUUUCGGGACGAACGAUCGAUGAUCAGUGGCGAGAACGAAAGGGUAGAAUAUAAUACAAGGGUCGUGUCGUUUGCCCUCUUGACACUCACACAUCCCAGCCAGUCUGGAUGUCAUCCCGCGAACCCCACCGAUCCCGCGUGGACAGAUGGGCGUGGCACACCGGGUCAGACCCUGAGCAACCCAGGAGAACCCACCCCACCUCGCUGUCAAACCGAAAUGCUAAAAGGGAGCUAGAAGCGCUGUCACCAAUCUGGACGACAUUCGAUGUCGACGCUGUCGCAUCCUCUAGCUGCAACGGAUUGGGCCACAAUCAGGCACACAGAACAUGUCACCAUGACUCGGUUCUAUAUCGUACUGUAACCUUCAUCGUAUAUCACAAACGCGAAGACUUGUGUCCUGAACUCCGGCAGCACGGAGACGUACGCUCCACCGUUCGAUACUUCCGAGGCUACAACGCCGUCUCGCGAUUGGCAACCGAAAUGCGCGGCACCGCCGUCUCACCAGCACCAUCGCUGCGGCCGUUGACGUACAUACUACAUACACGGUGGCCAGGUCGGCCGCAUCUGCAAGCGACAGCGUUUCCGGCAAGCUGGUCCUCUCUUCCCUUGGCUACCGCUCCACACGUUAUUGCUCGCCUCGAACGGCAUCUGCGUGAGGUCACCACACCCCCCGCUCAUCGGAAAACCAAUCGAAGGGUAAUGCUGGCACUAACGAACCGUUGCUCAUGCCGCAGCGUACUCAUUGGGGAGGAAACAAGCUUCGAUAUGUGGCUGCUCGCCGAGUGCCCAUACGACGGACGGCUCACGACAAGUGGUGGUAAUAUACAAGAAUUCGCUUACUCUGGCCUGUCCCGAAAGCUAGCUACCAUACCCUAUGCAAGCAUCGCGCGCCCUGCUAUUCCCUCACACAGCCGCCACUACCUAUGCGCGAGACUGACUGCUGCGCAAUCUAACCAUCCUAUGCAAUUGGGUGUCGCUGCAACCCUAGUCUUACAAAGCCGAGUCCGGCUGUUUAUUCCACCAACACCGCCUGAAAACGGCAACCAGCCAAACAAUUAAAAUAGAAAAAUGAACCAUCUAGAGUAGAGAUGCGGUAUCGAGAGGAGGGAGGGUUGUGUGUGUGUGUGUGUGUUGUGGUUGUUGUUGAUAUGCCGUAACAUUUUUAUGCGGGUUCGUCUAACCGUCCGGCUUUGGUUCUCCUUUUCCACCAAACUGUGUCCGUUCAGUCUGUCAUCCGUCGCCCCUUGGCAAUCUUUACCUUGCCAGAUC